AUGUCUUCUCGACCAGAUCUUAAGGUGGACGACGAAGUCGGCUUCAUCCGCUUCUACCGCUCCAUUUCUUCCUCCUCCGACAACGACAACAACAAUGAGACAAUUCGAGUUUUCGACCGCGGAGACUGGUACUCCGCCCACGGCGCCGAAGCCGAGUUCAUCGCUCGCACCGUUUACAAAACCACCUCUGUGAUCCGCAACCUCGGCCGGAGCGACACAGGCGGCCUGCCCUCCGUGACGAUGAGUGUGACUGUAUUCCGCAAUUUUCUGCGCGAGGCGCUAUUUCGACUCAAUCGGCGAGUGGAGAUCUGGGGCUCUGCGAGCGGGCGCGGCGGACAGUGGAAACUCAUUAAGCAGGCUAGUCCCGGAAACUUGCAGGAUGUGGAAGAGGAAUUGGGGAGUGUGGGUGGAUUGAAUAUUGAGGCCGGGGCGCCGAUCAUUCUGGCUGUGAAGAUAUCUGCGAAGGCCGGGGAGGCGAGGAGUGUGGGGGUUUGUUUUGCGGAUGCGAGUGUUAGGGAGCUUGGUGUGAGUGAGUUCUUGGAUAAUGAUGUCUAUUCGAAUCUGGAGUCGUUGGUGAUUCAGUUGGGAGUGAAGGAGUGUCUUGUGCAGAUGGAUGCCGGGAGGAAGGAUGUGGAGCUGGGGAAGGUGAGGAAUAUUAUGGACAGUUGUGGGAUUGCAGUGUCGGAGAGGCAGAGUGGUGACUUUGGGGUCAGAGAUAUCGAGCAGGAUUUGACGAGGUUGUUGAGGGAUGAGAGGUCUGCGGGGACGCUGCCGCAGACUGAGCUGAAGUUGGCGAUGGGUUCCGCGGCGGCGCUGAUAAAGUAUCUCGGCGUUAUGACGGAUCCGUCCAACUUCGGUCAGUAUCGUCUGUAUCAGCAUGAUUUGUCGCAGUUCAUGAAGCUGGAUUCGUCGGCGCUGCGGGCUUUGAAUCUCAUGCCGGGUCCGCGGGACGGAUCUAAGUCGAUGAGUCUGUUCGGGUUGCUGAAUCAUUGUAAGACGCCGGUAGGAAGCAGGUUGCUGGCGCAGUGGUUGAAGCAGCCGUUGAUGGAUAAGGCUGAGAUUGAGAAGAGACAGCAGCUGGUGGAGUCGUUUGUGAUGGACACGGAGCUUCGGCAGACGAUGCAGGAGGAGCAUCUGCGCUCGAUCCCGGAUUUGUAUCGCUUGGCGAAGCGAUUCCAGAGGAAACAGGCGACAUUGGAGGAUGUCGUGCGUGUGUAUCAAGUCGCCAUUCGCCUGCCGGGUUUUGUUGCGUCGCUGGAGAAUGUGAUGGAUGAGCAGUAUCAGACGCCUCUGGAAGCGGAGUAUACGUCUAAGCUGCGCAGCCAUUCGGAUAACUUGGCAAAGCUGGAGGAGAUGGUUGAGACGACGGUGGACUUGGAUGCGUUGGAGAACCACGAGUUCAUUAUCAAGCCUGAGUUCGACGAGAGCUUGCGCAUCAUUCGCAAGAAGUUGGAUAAGCUGCGUCACGAUAUGGACUCGGAACACCGUCGCGUGGGCCGGGAUCUGGACCAAGAAGUCGACAAGAAGCUGUUCCUGGAGAACCAUCGUGUGCAUGGCUGGUGCUUCCGACUGACUCGCAACGAGGCAGGCUGUAUCCGCAACAAGAGAGAGUACCAGGAGUGCUCAACCCAGAAGAACGGUGUCUACUUUACGACUUCGACAAUGCAAGCGCUCCGUCGCGAGCAUGAUCAGCUGUCUUCCAACUACAACCGCACCCAGACUGGUCUGGUUAGCGAGGUUGUUGGUGUAGCUGCUUCCUACUGCCCUGUCCUGGAGCAGCUUGCAGGCGUUCUAGCUCAUCUCGAUGUUAUUGUGAGCUUCGCGCAUUGUGCAGUACACGCCCCUACGCCCUAUGUCCGCCCCAAAAUUCACCCGCGCGGUACUGGAAACACGAUUCUGAAGGAGGCGCGGCAUCCCUGCAUGGAAAUGCAGGAUGAUAUUUCAUUCAUCACCAACGACGUGUCGCUCAUUCGUGAUGAGUCUUCCUUCCUGAUCAUUACCGGUCCCAACAUGGGUGGUAAAUCGACCUAUAUCCGACAGAUUGGCGUCGUUGCGCUGAUGGCUCAGACGGGCUGUUUCGUCCCCUGCUCCGAGGCGGAGCUGACUAUAUUCGACUGUAUCCUUGCUCGUGUUGGUGCGAGUGACUCGCAGCUCAAGGGUGUGUCGACUUUCAUGGCCGAGAUGCUUGAAACCUCAAACAUCCUCAAGUCCGCGACCUCGGAGUCCUUGAUCAUCAUCGAUGAACUUGGUCGCGGAACGAGCACAUACGAUGGUUUCGGCCUUGCAUGGGCUAUCUCAGAGCACAUCGUCACCGAGAUUCGCUGUUUCGGCCUGUUUGCAACUCACUUCCACGAAUUGACGGCCCUGGCCGAUCGCUACCCCAAGUCGGCCAAGAACCUACAUGUAGUGGCUUUCAUUGGUGAUGGCACAGGCGAUGAGGAGAGCAAAGAUUCGAAGCGGGACCAGGUCACGCUACUGUACCGCGUCGAACCGGGCAUCUGUGACCAGUCAUUCGGUAUUCACGUCGCUGAAUUGGUUCGCUUCCCGGAGAAGGUGGUCAACAUGGCGCGACAGAAGGCAGACGAGCUUGAGGACUUCACUUCCUCCGGAGCACAGGGACAAGAGUCCAAUAUGUCACUUGACAAGUACUCGCAGGAAGAAGUUGAGGAGGGAAGUGCUCUCCUCAAGGACAUGUUGCUGAAGUGGAAGGAAGCAAUCGAGGCACCCGGCAAGGACCUGACGGUUGAAGAAAAGCGCCAGAUCAUGCGCGACCUUGUCAACAGUGAUCCGAAGUUACAAGCGAACAAAGUGUUCCAGGGCAUUAAAGCUCUCAAUGCGCGCAAACUGAAGCGACCACCCGCCGGACAGCUUGAUUCAUGCACCCCUUUUCCAUCCUCACUCUCGGAUGUCAACAUGCUCAUGAGCGAUGGGUUGCUACGGGUAUUUUGGCCAUACGAUCUUCCCCGGUCAUCGUCGCCAGGAGUGAUUGUUGGAUGGCGGAAUUCAGAGGUGGACUUUUUCGUUUUGACGGUCUUGGAAGAUGUGGAGCCCCGGAAUGUCGACAACGCUUUGCGGGCGGGGAUACUUUUCCGCAAUAGCCCCCAUCCUAUCGUGCGCAUAUUCGCUCUAUGUGGACGUUCGGCUAUGCAUGUCCUAGGAUCGACUAAUUCGCCAGAUCCGCCAACGGCUUUCAAUCCGUCCCAUCUUUAUGUUACUACGAGUUCGUCAGGCAAGGUCCCUCGGAUCUUCUGUCCGCCGGAAACAAACCUGUCUGUCCAGGUUAUCAUGUUUCAUCGGCCUCAUCCGACCAGGAUGGAAUACAUGUCUCUGGAACCGAUCUCUCUGGCAUUGGGCGACAAGGUGUUUGGCUCAGAUAAGUCAGAUGCUGUAUCCGACAAGAUUGAUACUGAAGAGGAGUCGGACAAGGCUCAAGCUGGAAUGCUGGUGGAGAAGUUGAAGCUCCACACGGUAGUCAAGCAUGUUCCGUCGUCUAAAGAACAGGCACUCCCCCUCAUCAUCAACCAGGUCAAUUGCGCUUAUGAGAUGGGAAAGCUUAUGGAGAAGAAUAGCCAUUUGGUAGGCAUCCGUGUCAAGAGAAGCAUGAGUGUGGGUGAGCGGGUUGUAGAAUCCGCUACUACGUUGUGGGAUCUCUUCGUUCUCGGCGUCUCUUAUGUCUUCUGGCAGUGGAUCUGGCCUGUAAUUACCCGCAUAUUCAUUGUUGGGCUUGUCUUCCAUCGCACGAUUGCAGAGAUUGUCCUGCAGAUUCUCGAAUGGCGCGCUCGCCCUGAUGCCGCUGCUCUGAAAGACAUAUCUGCGACAGCUCAGCAGGUGGAUAUUCGAUUACAGCAGUUCUGUUACUGGCCCAUACAAUAUGUGAAACUCCGCCAGAGGAAAGAUAAUUGGGAGAGUGUGACUACGAGUCAUCCGGACUACAUCCGCUUCUACAACAGCUUGUGGCUUGUCGCCAACGAUGUGAUUAUUGGAAUUGCACUGGGGUCAUACAUUAUCGACAAUGCCAACUGGGUCGCCUUUCAGAUCAGUUUCAUCUUGACAGGCUACACAGUGGAAGGGCUACAGGGUACUAUUUCCUGGCUCAUGGACUGGCCGGCUGGUCUUAAGCUCAAUAACGAACUCGCCGCGUUCUUGGGUGACCUUUUCUUGUGGGUCAUAGAAAAUUGGGCGGUGCAUAUCUACUCUUUCUACAUCGCUUCUGCCCGGAUUUUUAACUGGCAACUUACCAUCAUUAUCUCGCUUUUCCAUCUUUUCCGCGGCAAGAAGCGAAACGUGCUUCGCAACCGUAUAGAUUCAUGCGAUUAUGAUCUUGACCAACUACUUCUUGGGACCAUCUUGUUCACCGUUCUUUUCUUCCUCCUACCCACGGUUAUCGUCUUCUAUCUCGCCUUCGCGAGCGCGCGGAUGUUGAUCAUUUCGCUUAAGGCAGCUCUCGAUACCUGCUUGGCAUUCUUGAAUCAUUUCCCGCUUUUUGCACUGAUGCUCAGAGUCAAGGACUCACGGAGACUGCCAGGUGGGAUACAUUUCGAGCUUCGUGAAGAGCACGACAAGUCCUCGACAAGCAAGUCGAGCGUCACUGUGCCUUAUAUUCACCUUGAGUCUAUCCCUCUUACUCUCCGUGCCAUGUUCGAUCAGUACUUCCAACUGGGUCAUCGCCUACGGAAACAUUAUCUUUCCCCACAAGUCAUCUUCUGCCUUGUGACCGGCCGCUUUGUGCCUCCUAUCCACCGCCGCAACCUGUACGGCAUGCAGUACAGCAUGCUUCCUGCACGCCGGGCGAGCAUGACUGAGGUAUGGUCGAUGCUGACACAACCUCGCAAGACCAGUAGUAGCAGCAGCAGUUCCUCGUCCAUGGUUGGAGGCAUGGGAACUGCAGCGAAUGGGAUACUGAAGGUUCCAGGGGCGUUUGGCCAAGGCGAAUUGAGGAGGCGAGGGCAUCGAUAG